AUUUUAGACGUCGUUGUUAGUGGUUGUAUGGUAACGGUAAAACGGUGGAUGCUACCAUUUUGAUUGUUUUACGUUCAACGAGUGUGUGUUUGUGUGCGUGUAUGUAAAGCAAUAAGAAAAAAAUAAACCUGAAAAAGAGAGCGGUUUAAAUAAAAUAUUUAUACAAUUUUUUUAUAAAAUUUAUUUGCCCACAUAAAUAAAGUGAGAACAAAAUGUGAAAUUUUACCUAAUUUUGUAAAAAUUAUUAUAAAACAAAUAAAAUUUCUUCAAAGAAAUUAAUAAGAAAAAAAUUAUAAGUCUGAAAAAUUUACUAUACCUACAAAGAAAAAAAUUUACAAGUGAAAAAAAAAGUUUUUCAAGUAUACAAAAAUUUUUACAUAUUUUUUUAUGUAAAGGUCAUUUAAAGUAAAAGAAAGAAGAAGCAGAGAAUAGCCAGAAAAUAAAGCAAAAUAUAUAAAGUGGAAAAUGGAAGAAAUAGUAAAGCAGUGAAAAAUUUAAAAAAAAAACAACAAAUUUUUAGCUAAAAAAUAAGUGUACUAUAAUUAAAUUUUGUACUAUAAUUAAAAGAAUUUAUUAAUUAUUGUUUUAAAUGUUAAAAAAGAUGUUUUUUAUACAAACAAAACUUUAGAAUUAAAAGUCUGCAACAUCUUUAAUGCUUCCAAUUUACAAAAGACUAAAGCAAUUUCCACAACAUGAUACUACAUCAACGACAUCUAUCCAAUUUUUAUAAGAAAUUUUUGCACAACAACAAUUACAACUAAAAAGACUUUAGAUUUCCCCACAAAGGAAACAAAACCAAGAACUACAAAAAAAAACAAACUACAUAAUCCAGAGGGCGUGGAUCGCCCUCUUUUAAAAGACUACAAGAGACUAAAAAAAGGAGCAUAAAAAAACGAAGACUUUUUCUACAAAAAUAAAAAAAAAAAAUUAUCAUCAAACUUCAUUAGCAAACAAAAACAAAAUAUGUCUACCAUUAAAACAGAAAAUAUAACCGGAGGAAUGGGAGGAGGAGGAGGUGCAGUGGUUACCACUUCAACAACGGGAGGCACAACAUUUCAAUUACCCAUAAAUAUGAGCAAUACAGCAGGUGUUGGUGGUAUAACCACCACAACUUGUACAACCACCACUACCAGGAAUAAUGUAUCCGUGACAAAUAUCAAAUGUGAAGUGGAUGAUGGUGGUAAUUCGUCGUCUUCAACGAAUGGCAAUAUUGUAUCGGUGGGAUUUUAUAAUGGUUCUAGUGGUAUAAGAGGGGGAAGUGUAAUAACAUCGGGUCAUGGUAUACGAAUACCGGUGACCAAAGCGGAGGACUCGGACUCAGAGACGGAACUGACACAUAUAGAAAAUUUGAAAGUUACCCGACGAGUGGCCAGUUCUUCUAGUUCCGUUCACAAUCAUCAUAAUGGACCGCGGCCCAUGUCUUGGGAGGGCGAAUUGUCUGAGAAUGAAGAUACCCGCGAAGCUGAGUUAAUGGAUACGGAUACUACCAUGAGCAAUGGUGGUGGUGGUGGUGGCAUGCAGGAACCCUCAAAUGCAGUGGCUGUUAUAAAAAGUGAAGCUACCACCACAACUCCCUCCUCAACGGGCAUGGGAGGUCCUCUAAUUAAAACGGAUACCGAACAACUAAUGUUAGAUAUACAUCAUGCAGCCUCUGCUGGUAAUUUAUAUCAUCCCAAACUGAAGUUGGCUCCCACACAAAGUGAUCCCAUCAAUUUGAAAUAUGAACCACCGGAUCAUUCGGCUUUGGUGAAUUCUCCUUUGAUGGCCCGCCAGAAGUCUACCACAGCUUUGCCUCAUUUACCUGCCAAUCCCAGUCCAGAUUCUGCCAUACAUUCCGUUUACACCCACAGCUCACCCUCCCAAUCGCCCCUGACAUCAAGGCAUGCUCCCUAUACUCCUUCGCUGUCGCGCAACAACAGUGAUGCCUCUCAUAGUUCUUGCUAUUCUUACUCCUCGGAAUUCAGUCCCACUCACUCACCCAUACAGGGCAGACAUCCAGCGCCUCAUGGAGUGUAUGGUAGUUUUAAUGGAGCCACGGCCAAUAGCUUACAACAUUCCGCAUUACUGUAUAGACCCAUGAUGGGUUCUACGCAAACGGCUCAAUCAGUUAAAUUAGAUAGUGGAUCGAGUGAGGUGCAAAACUUAUCUAUGGAUGCCACAUCCUCCUCAUCGUCCUUUAACAUGACUACCGACUCCGGCUUACCAGCCUCCCCAGCAGCUGGCAUUUCAAGGCAACAGCUAAUCAAUUCACCCUGUCCCAUUUGUGGCGAUAAAAUAUCUGGUUUUCAUUAUGGCAUCUUUUCAUGCGAGUCCUGCAAAGGUUUCUUUAAGCGUACCGUCCAAAAUCGUAAGAAUUAUGUCUGCGUACGGGGAGGACCAUGUGCGGUUAGCAUUACAACGCGCAAAAAGUGCCCAGCCUGUAGAUUUGAUAAAUGCCUGCAGAAGGGCAUGAAACUGGAAGCUAUACGAGAGGAUCGCACACGUGGCGGCCGUUCUACUUAUCAGUGCUCCUACACUUUGCCCAAUUCCAUAAUGAGUCCUCUACUCUCGCCCGAACAGCAGCAACAGCAGAAUUCUACACAAAAUCUAAUGGCUGGUCAACAGCAACAACAACAUUCACAAUUGCAACAUCAAUUGCAGCAACGUUUAAAUCCUCCCCUACAAUCGUCUCACCAAGCCAAUGGUUACGGUAAUCCAAAUACAACUACCAUAAAAACCGAGCAAACAGAUAUUUAUGGCAAGAAUCUGCCAGCCGCCCAUUCUCCUUCAAUGAAUGGCUUAAAUUCGUCGCGUUCACAUUCUCAUAACGCUAGUAAUGCCUCAUCAUCUUCGUGCUCCUCCGCCUCCUCCAAUUCGCUGCAUCACAACAGUAUUCCCCAACUUUUGCAAGAAAUCAUGGAUGUUGAACAUCUCUGGCAAUACACGGACGCCGAAUUGGCACGACUCAAUCAACCGUUGACCUCGUCGUCCAGUUCGGCAUCGCUGAAUUCCAAUUCGACGGAUUCUUCUGCAGCUGCCAAUCAAAUGACCAAUCCACUGCUGGCCAGUGCUGGUCUUUCGUCUAGCACCAAUCCGGAUUUGAUUGCCCAUCUGUGUAAGGUGGCCGAUCAUCGUCUGUACAAGAUCGUAAAGUGGUGUAAGAGUUUGCCGCUAUUCAAGAAUAUAUCGAUUGACGAUCAAAUUUGCCUACUCAUCAACUCAUGGUGUGAACUUUUACUCUUCUCCUGUUGCUUUCGCUCCGUCGACACACCGGGAGAAAUUAAAAUGUCACUGGGCAAAACAAUAACACUGCCACAAGCUAAACUCACUGGUUUUCAGCCCUGCAUUGAAAGAAUGCUGAAUCUGACAGAUCAUUUAAGACGUUUACGUGUCGAUCGUUAUGAAUUUGUGGCUAUGAAAGUCAUUGUGCUGCUGCAAUCAGAUACUUCCGAACUACAAGAACCCGUUAAGGUCAGAGAAUGUCAAGAGAAGGCUUUGCAAAGCUUACAGGCCUACACACUGGCCCACUAUCCCGAAAGUCCAUCUAAAUUUGGUGAAUUAUUGCUGCGCAUACCCGAUCUACAGAGAACUUGUCAGUUGGGCAAAGAAAUGCUGUCUAUUAAAUCUCGUGAUGGUGGUGACUUUAAUUUAUUAAUGGAACUUUUAAGAGGAGAACAUUGACAAAUGCCUUCAAUAAUUAUUUUAAGCACAACAAAAACAACCAUUAAAUUUACCAUUACAAAAUGGUAUUUCCAUAAACACACUCUCUCUCUCUACCCCAAAUCCCUACAAACAAAACAUAAAACUUAUGUUUUGUUUUCAACAAAAAAACAAACAAAAAUAUUCAAAUUUGUUUAGUAUUUUUUAAAUAUAAUUUUUAUAAAAUUUAAGCUUAAAAAAACAAGAUUUUUUAUAAAUUCUACUAAAAAUAUAUAUAUAAAAAAAUAAGUAUAAUUUUAAUAUUAAUCAUAAUUAUAUAAUAAAGAAAAUGUGCCUAAUAAAACAAGAA